AUGACAGCGCAAGUCCCCGAGGCCCAGCCUGUUCCGGAGGUUGAUAUUCUCUUCCUUGGCAGCCCCGGCGUGGGCAAAGCCACCUUCCUGUCACAGCUGGAACACAUCCGCGACGGCAAGCUCGAUCUGUCUGCGCCUAGGACACGAGUGUUCGCCCCAGUUGGGCCGGUGACCUUCGACGUCACCUUGUUUCGGCGUCCGUACAAGUUCCGAAUCCACGCCUCGACGUCGCCGCUCUUCAUCGACCCGUUCCCGCCUGAACCGGCCUUUGCCAUCAUAGCCUUCUCGAUUUCUUCCCGCGAGUCUCUGCACAAUGCACAGCAUUACUGGCGCAAGCAGCUGUCCUUGCACUACCAUGACGUGGAGCAGGGCAUGCCAGUCAUGCUGCUGGGUCUCAAGCGAGACGAGCGCACCGAGGAGAAGCGUGAGGAUGGGUCUUACGAAUGUGUCAUGCCGCAAGAAGGCCUGCGCGCCGCCCAGGAGAUGCACUGUGAUCGGUAUGCAGAGUGCAGUGCGUUGACGGGCGAGCUGAUGUGGGAAGUCUUGGAGGACAUCACCCGGACUGCAGCGAGAACGACGACGGAGAGUGGUGGCUUGAGUCAGGCCAACAGUUGCUCUAUAAUGUGA